AUGUCGUCUAUUCAGACGGUCCUACUAGGACUGCUAUACGAGGAGCUGUCGUGGGACAUAGGCUUACCGUCCGACGAAAACGAAGACUGCUUGCCGUGUCUCUUCCUUCAAUUUAUGGUCGUUGAAAAUGGACUGCGAGUGUCCAAAAUAUUACAGGUAUUUUCAAAACAAGCGAUAAUGAUGGAUACUCUGAUAGAACACUUCGCGGGAGAGUACAGGAAGAGGCUCGGGCAGGAGACGCCGAGUGAACACGCUAAUUAUGACUAUCACUCCGACUCGGGCAGCAUCUCGCUGCCGCCGCUGUCGCGGCCGGACUCGCCGCAGCGCCGGCUCGCCAACAAGCUGUCGCGGCUGGCGCUCGCCACGCACGACGGCCGCGGACACCUGCUGGGCGGCGCCGGCGACUGGCGCAGCGCGCGACACCACCCCUCCUGGGUACUGCCCAAGCAC